AUGGAGCACCCGGAUGGGAAUCCACAGCAGCAAGAUACCAUUGAUGCACUUUUGCAAUCCGCAAACAAAGAGGCCCGGCAGGUCCCCUCACUGGCGUCUGUCGUAGCACCGGUGCAAGCAUUUCCGGUUGACGAGCCUGGGACGUCUCCCGUGUCAGGCCGGAAGCAGCGCAAUGCGUCCGUCUCCCUCCAGCGUCAGACUGGCAACUUCGAGAUGACUCUGUCGCAGCGGUCGGUGUGCAGCCCGCGUGCGGGGUCCAGACGCAGCAGCCUCCGCACUGUGGGCCAGGCGCCGGAGGGCUUGGACCGCGCCGUCUCCAUGGUGCAGACGUACCCGCUCAUGAUGGUAGACGGCACGGCCUUCGGGAAUCAUCUCAGUCGUCGUGGCACGGGGGAGAGCGUAGACUUACCCACGCCGAUGCGCUCCGCCCGUUCGCCAACGCCCGCGGAGGGGGAGGUGCUGACGGAUAGCUCCACAGACCUCUUAGGGGCGUUGGGCCGUUUGCGGCCGAGUGAGAGCGUGGUCUCGCUGGCGUCGCGCUGCAAGCGCGCGUGCAUGUGGGAGACCAUCAUUGUAAACUUCCUCGCGCACCGUGUGUGGUAUGAGUCCUUCCGCCGUCUCCGCCUCCGCACGGUACUUGAGACGCAUCUGUUGCCCGUCAUUCUGCGGAAGCGGGGAGAAGCAGUGGUGGGGGGACGGUUCGUGCGGAAGCCGAGCAGUCAAGCUCCCGUACUGCUGCGCGACGACGAGGGCCAAAAACCACAGGGAAGUUUUCUAAUCGAGCAGUGCCCAUUCUUUGCCGCGCUAGAAAGCCCGAAGUUCUGCGACUCUAUUGCCGAGGUGGUGCUGCGCUAUCGCUUCUCCUUGGGGGAGGCGAUCGUCAAUGUUGGCAGUCCUUCACAAGAGGCCCUCCACAUUCUUAUUUCCGGCAGAUGUGAUGCGAUUCUCCCUGCCAGUGAGGGGCGGAAGGGCGUGCAACGGAGAAGGCUGCAGCCAGGCGAGACAUUCGGUGGACUAAUGGGCGGCAAGGCGGUGUUCUCAGAGGUGUACAGGGCUAUUUCGCGAUGCAUUAUCUGGGUCAUCAGACGAGAAUCCUUCGAGACACUCUUUCAGCAGUACGCGGAUGAACGUAUGAAAAAUGUCUACCUGCGGGCAUUAAAGCAACAGAUGGAGGAACGCCUGCAUUCGCUGUAUCCGAUGCCGCAGAGUAUGUCUCGGGUGCCGAUUUACCGAAAUAUCAACGGUGCGAUCGAGCAGUACGCAAACGAUUUCACGCCACUAGUCCUAACGAAGGGCGAGGUUUUGUUCAACCAAGGGGACUCACCUGGUGCAAUCUACUGUCUUGUGGAGGGGCAGGUGCAGCGAGAUCAACUUGGUCCUGACAUGACUUACGAGAGUGGAACGCAGCAAAUAUUAUCUCCAAACGAAUCGGACAACAGCUUCGCAUUGGCUACACGCUUUAUCUUGCUGGGGGAGGAGCCGCACAUUCUUCCGGGCGUGCUGCGGUACAGAUGUACCGUUGCCAGUCGAGCCGCUCUGUUCUACAAGAUUGAAGGGGGGCGCUUUGUCAAUGCCUUGCUCGAUGACGCAAGGCUCUUUCUCGAGAUCCGUGAAAAGCUCACAACACAGAUACGCCUUUGGAUGCGGCUUGCCCCAGAGGCACUGCUCAGUGUCCCAAUUUUGAGGGAAUUGCCACAGACGCAUUUUGCUUCCAUCGUGCAUGCGGCUGAGGCCCGCGUGGUGGAGCGCUCCGUCUCACUGUGUGAGCCCGCGCAAAAUAUACGGGAGAUAUACCUUUUGGUUGCGGGGGGUGUGCGGGAUCCGCGGCAGUUCAAUCAUGCACCGACGCAGCCGGUGUCUCCACCAUCCACUGAGAGCGAUAAGUCACAGGAGAAGGCGCCUGUCAAGGGGAAGAAGGAGAAGUUGCCCAAAACAAGUCUUGCGUGGCGCGAGAAAGAAAUGAAAAAUUCGGCCUUUCCUUCAGUGGUGGAUGGUAUGGCGAAUGCCCGGGCACCUCCCUCUCUUGAGGCGGCGGCAGCAGCAGCGGCAGCGGCUUUAGCACCAGCUGGGGGGUUACAUAAGAGGUGGUCCUUUUUCCGUGGGCCUGACAGCGACAGCACAAAGACACCUACUUACCCAGACGAGCAGGUAGAGAUCACCCCGCCGCUCCCACCAAACCCGGCGAAGAACAUUGUGUGCACCAUCGGCGGAGGUUGGGAAGGCCUUCUAUUGGAAAAAUGGCCGAACGGAUGGGAGACGACAAACACGGUGGAGUUGUGGGCAGUCCCAAUGCUUACCAUACGAACAGAAUUCAAUAGUUCACCCAAGUCGACACAGAACUCGAUUCUCUCGUAUAUCCGAAACCUGCAGAUGCAGGAUCUGAGCCUACCUGCGCCAGUGGUGGCGAAGCUGCCGCCCAUGAGUGUGUAUUUGCCGCCCGAUAAGCGUCUCACCAAGCACAGCUUGGGUCUAGAAAAAGGUCUCGUGCAUGAGAAGAGUGCGGUUCGCCGCUCUGGGAAGACUGUUCUCAGUGGUGUGUCACGCGAGGUUUCAAAUGCGGUCAGCAGCAAGCCAGGACGCGUCGUCGGUGAGUUCUCCUUCUCGCACUCCAGCACACUGACUGAAUGCUCAGUCUCCACUUGUGACGGUAUCAAAUCCCACAAGAAAAAGCAGCCACCGAAAGAAUUGCCGAAGCCGCCCAGGUCAUCCGUGUCCCCCACGAGUAUAGUGACACGAAAGAACGGAAAGAAACAGGAUACAUGUAAGUUGACUAAAACAAACACAAUCACCGGUGGUGGCGACACUGCGGUGGAGGAGGUGCGUAAGCCCAAGGCAGGGCCGCCGCCGCUGCUCUUCCUCCGACGGCUCGCGGCCAAGCCACCCGAAGAGCCGCCGGUGAUCACACCAGAGCUGUGCGCCAUCUACGCCGGGAGGGAGCCGCAGAAGGGCAUCAUCCGACAGCCACCGCAGGUGCUGGGGGGUGCGCGCGAGAAGGCAGUCGUGAGUACGGCGCGGUGCGUGGAUCAGCAGUCCACCUGGCCGUCGGCGACAGGAGCGAAGAAGCAGUGGUUCGGCGUGGUGCCUGAAUAUGCGCCACUCCCAGGGACAAUCAACAAUCAAAACUACAUCGUGGGCCCGCCGUCUCUCGUGCCGAACACGGCGCUCAUGCUGAGGCGUGAAAAGAAGCACGGUGAAGUGUUGGCCGCCCAGGCAGCGUACUUUCUCUCCCUGGCGCACAGCAGGCGUAAUGGCGCCGAGGCGGGUGAUUCGACGUUGACACAAGUAGGUGGAAACGUGAAUAGUUUGGCCUCGCCGAGGCGAUGCAAUACCCCGAAAGGAGUGCGCCUGCCCGCCCCUGGGCGGCACGCAUACCGGCUAUGA